AUGUGUUGAAAAAUGACACAAAUUAUGUGUAGCACUCCACUAUACACAUUUUGUGUCAAUAUUAAUUAAAAUUGUGUUGCAAGGAUUUAUCUGUUUUACACAGCAGUUAUGUGUAGGUUACAAUUUACACAUCUUAUUAAUUUGUCAAAGCAUUCAACACAAUUUGUGUAGACUGAUCUGCUUACACAUUCAGUGUAGCUUUUUCUUUCAGGUCAGAUAUUUAAUUUUAGUAAAAUUUUCAGCAGCCCUCUUAUCCCGUAAUAUUCACGUAAUAAUCAAACUGUAAUAAACGAUCAAAUUAUAUUUUGUGUCAAUUGUUAACUUAAUGCGCGCCCCCUUUAAAUCGCGGGUGCUCGUCAAAAACCGCCUUUUGCCAGCGAGAACACGGUCACUUCCCGCUGGUGACAAGAAAUUCUCAGACACUUUCUGAACGAUGUACAACGGAAUGCUUGUCGUCUUCAAUCACUUGCAGCUCACGCUCGUCAAAUAACCGCCUUUGCCUGAGCAAAGACGUUCACUUCUGGCUGGUGACAAUUCUGAGACACUCUGAACGAUAAAGUGAUGUAACGUCAGUACAACGAAAUGGAUGUUUCCUCCAAAUCGCUCGUGCUCCUCAAAUAACCCCGCAUUUUGCCUGGGAGAAGACGGUUACCUUCCGCUGGUGACAAGUAAUUCUGAGCAAAUGGAACCAUUUGGUAAUGAUCUUGUACCAGUGCCUUCUGGGUCAUUGGCUACUGGACUGACUAAAGCUGUACUUGUUACCAUCUACAAAGACAAGACAGAAACAUGCAGAAAGAUUUUCCACAUCAGUGAUGCCUCACAGCUUUUGGGAAACUGCUAUUCAGAAUUCCCUGAUCCUGUUAAGUUAGAACGGUUUCUUAAAUAUAACAAAGACUUCAAUGAUUACAUUGACUGUGACAUCACAACAACUGUGCAAGAAUAUGACAAAUUUCAAGUUCAUGUUGCUACAGAAGUCAUCCUACAACUUCAAGUGAUAAAUAUGCAGCCUCCUCAGAAUGAAAAUAUUCAAGCUGAAGACCAUCUGCCAUUAAAGUCAUUCCUGACCAAGAAGGUGCCUGAUAUAAUGACUGAAUAUCAGUGCACUGGUGUUUUAUCUUCGCAAGGAAGGAGAAAGAUCAUCACUAUCUGCGUUGGUGAUCUUGUUGCAAAACAUGGAUUCUACCCCUCAACUGCAGACAAGCUAAGUUUGGCUAAAUCCUUAAUUGGAGUUUUUCCUUCUCUGAGUCUCAGCAUAUUUGGAGAGAAUGAAGGAUACGAACAUCUAUAUGACCCUGUCUCCCAUAAAGGAUUCAUCGAAAUGAAACUUCGGAAUAUGAGGCGGCAUCUUGAAGAGGGACAGCGACGCUAUCAACGAAAACGUAAAGUUCCCUGCAGCGUUUCACCAGGAUCAUCAGGAACUCUGUCAUCGGCUGAUGAAGACCCAAGUGAAUGGUUGAGUGUCAUCAAGAGAAUAAAGCCAUCAUCUGAGAACAUCGCUACCAUCAGAACAGCAAUGGAGAAGACCUUUAACCAUCGCAGGAAUUGGAUUAGCACACAGUCGCCAACAAUUUGUGAAAUUACCCAACAGUACCCACGUUUCAUAGACAUGCCAUUCCUGCUAGAUGCAGAGUUUGCAAAGAUGUUUGAUGGAAAAGGCGAGAUGCUAAUUCGAAGAUGGGAAACAUCAGUUAUUCCAAAACUGAUACGGAUUGCAACUUUGGAGAAGGGUAGUGUAACUUCUCUGGUGGAUCGAAUUCCAAACUCUAAUGAUGAUGAGAAGUGCUACACCAUGCUGCAGGUCCUGACACACUUGCUCCCACCAUCUGCAGGAAGAGGUGCAGUCUCAAGCCGGUGCAGUGUCAGAUCUGCCAUUUCAUAUUUGCUGGACUUUGUACCGUGUGGAACCAGGAUCUGCUCUCUGUGUGACACUGGUGACAAUGCCACAAGAGGCCAGCAACCACAACUGAUCUGCAUUGGAAACUUGACCAGUGAAGCCCAUCAGUUUGUAAUUGCUGCCAAACAUGACAAAGUUGUUAUUCCACUGGAAGAUGAGAGCCUAACCUGUGCCUUGGAUAAGCUGUUUAAAUUCUACUGGGUCUACAAUCUUGUGUAUCCUCCCCAGCUUGCUUCAGUUUUUAUCUUUCUGGAGCAUGUAUAUGACUUGCCAGUGUCUAAAGCUGCAAGACGAUCCAAAGUCUUGGAGCUGAUAAGCAAGCUACAGGCUUUAGCCUAAAUCAGCCAGUCAUGUACUGUUGUCCAAUAUGUAAAAAGCCAGUUAGCUCUCAAAUACGGGGACUAAUCUGGCAUCUUCGUGUCAUUCAUUCCCUAUCUGAUGGACAGGACUACACCAUUUUUUGCAGCCAAAAUGGCUGUCAGCGUUCAUAUCAUAACAUUAACUCCUAUUCUAGACACCUUACAAGAGAGCAUCCACUAGGGAAUAGCUUACAAAACAUGGCUACCCAGGUUUCAGAAAUAGUGUCAGACAGCCCUUUAGAAGACAACCAAAUCCUCACUGACAACACCCCCAUUAUACCUAAUGAAACAUCAGAUGGUGAGGAGGAUGCCAUUUUGUGUUCCAAGUCUGAGGACCAACUGUCAGUGGCCAGCCAUGCAGCUACAUUUGCUGCAAAGAUGUACUCUUGUUCAAAUAUAACAUUGAGUGAUGUACAAAGAAGUUUAACUUGUACUAAAGAACUUUUGGACAGGACUGUUGACAGCCUUCAGACAUCUACCAGUGCACUGUUUAAAAGUUUGGCUGUUCCAGAUGACAAUGAGGGGUUUAAUUCAUUAAUGAAAGAGUUUGAGAGUGCUCGAGAGUGCCUUGACAAUAUAGAUAACCCCUAUAAAAUGGCUAAAUUCUUUGAAACCGAGUAUUCUCUUGUUAAACCCACAGAGAUAUUCUUAGGUCACAGACCUGACACCAUUAAAAAAAAUGGUAUUACACAACAAGUACUUGCAGCGGAUACAUUUCAGUAUAUAUCCAUCCUUGAAACACUAAAAUUUAUCUUUGGUAAGGAGAAAUUUCAGACCCUGUAUUUGCAGUCUCACCGAAGUACAGAUGGUAAUAUGCGGGACUAUUGUGAUGGUGCUCAUUUUGCCAGGCAUGAAUUGUACAAAACACAUACUAAUGCUCUACAGAUUCAACUAUAUUUUGAUGAUCUGGAGACCGUAACAACGUUGUUGUACGUUCAUUGGAACAUGGUGACCAAAUAUGUGAAGAAAUGAGCUCCGAAGCAACAGAGACAGUUCAUGUGUCCAACACAGUAAUUGUAGGUGGACAUACAUACAGAACAGGGAGCAUUCUGAUGUUGUCAGUUACUUCUGAACAUGAACCAAUCUUUGGAGAAGUUGUUCAUUUAUUCCCAAAGGUGGACAAAAACAUUGUGUUGACUUUUGUGAGGAUUGUUAAUGUUAUUUAUUUUGAUGAUCAGUUUUACUCAUUUGCUGUGGAAAAGACGGAAGAGUAUAGACUUGUAAAAAUUCCUUCUGGUCUGUUAGAUUCCAGACCACUUGAUAUUCAGACAAGUUUUUUGGAUGGUCUUAUCUACAUAAAUCCAAGAUACAAAGUGUUUUAAUGAGUUUUUUUUUUUUAGAAAGUACAGGGGGAAGUUGUGGGUCAUGUUGCCUAAUGAAAUUAGAAAAAUGUAUUAAAACACAUUUUAUACUGCUUUAAAUGGUCUUUAAAUGCGUAUGUUUGUGUAUAUUGACUUGUUAUAAAAGAAAAUGUAUUGUAAUGGAUUGAUAUUAAUAAAUGUGUUGAAGUCUAA